CACCACACACACACUACAUGAGAUUGACACUCUCAGUGACGUAAGAAGAUAAACCAAGAAGCACAACCAAGAGAUACAGAGACAGACACAAAGAAACUGAAUAAUAAAAAAGUUAUAAAAAACAGAGCGUUGCUGAGAAAUUACACAGGUGAAGAGCACGUAUGAUCCAACAAGGUGAAGAUAAGAAGACAAGAAAGAAAUGGAAGAAACAGAAAUGAUCUUCUGUAAUUUUGCUGUUUUUCUCCUACUGCUAUCACUUUGUGUUAGCGGCACCUCAAAUGAGACUGAGCCACAAUGUUUAAUAAAGCUCAAAGUGACACGAAACACUGUGUUUAAAGCUCAUGCUAUGACAGAGCUGAAGAUAAACUGCACUGUAACGCAUCAUGGAUGUCAGAGGAUCCCAGUAAUCUCAUGGUGCAAACUCUAUGGACAAAACUGUAAAGCUUUAAAUCACUCAGAUGUCAUAAAAACUGAGUGGAAGAAUAAAACAGAGAAUGAAGGAAUGGCUUUCCUGAUUUUCCAGAACGUCUCAAUAGAGGAUGCAGGUUCAUACAGAUGUAAAGAAGGUGACAUGUCUGUAAGCCAUACAAUUAAUGUUACCUUUACAGUAGAUGAUUCUAAUUCAGUUCUAGACGAUGGCCUGCUGUGGUUGUGGCCAUAUGUGUACAUCUUCAGUGGAAUAGCGGCGCUGGUGAUCAUCAUUAUAACCAUAACUUUAUUUGUCUUCAGGUGCCAAGACACAAAAUCCAAAACAGAAGAAAUGAAAAGUAAAAAUCAGUACAUGGAAACUCAAAGUAGCGACCUGCUUCCUCCUCCUCUUCCUUAUCCCCGUCAUGACACCCGUUCUCCUUCACACCAGAGAGGCUCUGCUUCAGAUCGUGGCUCUGAAAUUCCACCUGGCAGAGGAACAUCAUCAGCUGGAAGAGUCAAAGAGAGAAGCCAUCACACUGUCAGCACAGAAGGAGGAGAAAAUGAUAAUGCUCUGAUCUAUGCCUCUUUGAAUCAUCAAGCUGUGUCGAAAGUGCAUAGAAAAACUGCAAGGCAAGAACCAGAAACUUCAGAAUAUGCUGCAAUCCGAUUACGGUGAUUGCAAGGAUUGUUUACUUAGACACUUUAAAAAAAAGACUAUUGAGAAAUGGCCAGUUGGGAAAUGAGGUCACUAUUCAAAAUAUUGCUAUAAUAAUUUAAACACUCACUGUGAGGAGCAAGAAUCCAUGUUUGUGGACACUUCUUUAUUUUGGAUCAAAUGACAGAUUGCUGUUAUAUUUAAGGACUGGCAUGCAUUAACCAAAAAUAUUCUCUUGUUUGCAAAAAUAAUUCGAGCUCUCUAAUAUGCCUUACUAAAAUACAUAUAAACAAUUAUAAUAGCAUUAUUGUGGAAUAUGAUGUCGCUGAUGAUGCUGAUAGUGAUAAAUUAGUAAAUAACAAUGGCUUGUACAAUGGAUCACCAUAAAUGUAACUUUCUGUUUUAUUAAACAUUAGGAUGGA